CAUACUCAUCAUCAACCACUGGCCGGCCAGCGAUGCCCAGUUUCGGUGCCGUCGCUGGCUGGUCAGCUACACUAGCUAGGUAGCUAGCUUGUCAUCCUUCACAUCACACUAUGGCACAUGGCUGGCUGCCCGCGAUAAGCAGCCUUCUUCCCGUCAAGGCAUAAGUCAGGCAGUCAGUCAGUCAAUAUGUAUGGAAGAUCAGAGAGCGACUCCACUCCAAUUGCACUGCACUCACAAAAAGAGCAAAAUUGCGUGACCAGCCUAUCCACCCCCGGAGUCACUGAGCAAUGGUUGUGUUGAUCUGUGCCAGCAGAGCCGCCGCCUCGGUGAUGAGAGCCGACGGGGACUCCCCCUCCCCUCCCUCCCCGCCCUCACCACCCUCAUUGGACUGACGCACCAGCGACCGCAGGUCGUGCCGUGCUCGAGCCAAGUUCCUCAUUGCCAGGUAGCUCCUGCCUCGGUGGAACAAGGCCUUCGGGUGUCUUGGCUUGAGCGAGAGGGCCAGGUGUGACGCCCUGAGGGCCUCGCUCGUCCGGCCGAGCUUCAGGUAGCAGGCCGCCAUGUUGGAGAGGAGCUUGGCUCUCUGCUCGGCUGGUGUUGUUGACGAGGGUGAGUAGAGGAGGUCCAGCAGAGAGAGGGCCUCGGUGUAGCAGGCGAGAGCGAGCCGCUGCUGGUUCUGCUGGAAGUGCACAUUGCCCUCCUGCUUGAUCUCGUCCACCAGGCUCGCCAGCAGCUGCCGCCCAGACGGCACCACGUCGCGGAGCAGGUGCUUCAGGGUGUCGAUCUUGUGGACCAGCUGGUUGGUCGACGAGGCGUGUGGGAAGGCCGCCCCGUCUUCAUAGCGAUCAAUGCAGUGGUUGGCCCCCCCCUCUGCGCCAUACACCGGCAGUGGGGCCACAUGCGCCACCCCACCCCUCGGCCGCCUCGGCAGCAAAGCCCUGAGCUCGAUGCCCUCCCUCGCCAGCCGCUGGCGCAGCACGUUGGUGGCCACCUUCCUCCAUGCGCAGCUGCAGAGGCGCAUCGUCCGAACCGACGACGAGCCCAUGUAGUCCAUCACCUUCAGGACCACCUCGAUGGGCACCCGGUCGCAGGAAAGCCGAAUGUCCCGCAUAUGGUGGUCGGCGUCGUAGGGGCUCACAUGCUGCUGCUGCUGGUGGUGGUGGUGGUCGGAGACAGACGCUGGCGAGCAGAGGGAGGGCCCCCAGACGGAAAUGGCGCGGUCGCCGAUGCCGAUUGACGCUGGGGUGAGGUCGUCCCCUCCCCCACAUGUGGAGGGGAGGGCAGGCAGACCCGUCCGACAGGGGGGCGGCGGGGCGCUCAGCGCGCGAUGGAAGUGGUGAUGAUGGUGGCCGGGGGUGGUGGUUGUCGAUGAUUCGUCGUCGUCUCCGUAGCUGUUACUGUCGUCUUGCUGCUCCUGCUGCCGUCGUCGGCGGCUGCGGGGGGUGGGCUCAUUGCUGGAUGAGCCGCCGAGGCCGAGGACCGCAUGGAUGACGCGGUCAAGGCGACACGCCUGCCGCUCGAUGCGCUGACGCUGAUGACAUCACACACACACAUCCAAAGGAGUGUUCCUUCCUCGGCGAGUCUUUCGCUGCCGCAUUGCAUUCCGCUGACCCACCUGCAUGACGAGGUACUUGGUCAAAUCUCCAAAACCGGUAGCCCACACGGACCGCCCAAUCUGCUUGUACCCAAUGCGGAGAUCGCCCGAUGACCCCCCACCGCCAGACGCCGACCGAUGAUGAGUGGACUUCAUCUCGACAGUGAAGACGCACGGCACACAGACAGACGUGGGCGUCACCAGGCCCAGCUGAUGACAGAGGGAGCCCUGGUCCUGGGCGACCAGUGUGCGGUGGCUGCCGCCGCAUGCCGACUUCUGCAGCUGCCGCAGGGUGUGGAUGUCCUGCCGCCCGAUGACGAGGACGGGCAAGUCCUGGUACAUCAAGCGGACGUAGUCGGCCCUGUUGUCGAGCUGCAGGGCGGCGAGCUCUCUCUGACAGCUCCUGGGGAGGUACUUGCACUUGAGCCGCUCCCUCCCACACGCCGCCAGGCCGCGAAGGAGGUCUGUGCAGGGCUGCUGCACCUCGACGUCGUCUCGCUUGCUGCUGAAGAGGACGACCACCACCAUCUCGCUGCUCCGGCAAUAGCUGGGGCUGCGGAGGUUUACCUUACGGUCAUCGACACACACCAGCACACGGUCCGGAAAGCGCACAGCCUCCCCAAGAGGCUGGGCCACAGCAGCAAGUGCCAUGGGAUCCUGCCUUUCGUCCCCUUCGGCUUUGCUGGUCAGCUCACCCGUACAGCGCUUUUGACAGUGACGUUUGCCGGCAGCCUCUCGUGGUAGAAGGGGAAGAGUUCCUUCCCUCUUGGCUUUGGAAGGAGCGGUUUCACGGAAUCUCCCGGCGAGCUUGCCUCCGAAGUGAUAAGCAUGCGAUACGUUCAU